GUUCCUUACCUGGACCGGCGAGGGAGGAGAGUGCCAGAACGUUGUAACUUUUAGAGGAGGUUUAUAAGUGACUUUAUCAAGAAAAAAAAAUAUAUAAAUCACCAUGAUCUUCAGAAUCUUAUCCUUCGCCUCCAUCCUGCUGACCAGUCACGUGCUGGUGUGGGCUCAGGAAUCGAGUGACCAGUCUACAGGAGCUGUGUGGACGCCGGGAAGGAUAACGCAAGUGACGCUGGCUAUUGUCGAAUCUGCGUUGCUCACUCUCCUGCUCAUCUACCCCGGUAUUAUGGAUCCUAUCGUCAGUUUCAUCAACCAAAACAUCGGGAGUGCCGGCUCCAGGAAGCGACGAAACGCGCGGGCAGCCAUGCUCGAUCAAGCGGCAGCCAUUCACAACCUCUUCCUCGACGCCAUCGACCAGUUCGAGGGUUUGGACGAAAUGCUGUCGAGCCUUUGAGCAUUCCAGAUUCUUGAUAACGUUCGUUAACGCUAAAACCAUCUUAAAACCAGCGUUAAUUCUCGCACUGACUGUACAUGAUUGUAGUAACACCUAACAUCCAUCAGACAAAACGUGUAUUCAAUCUACAAAUAAAAUCUGGAUAAUGGCGAA